UGAUAGUGAGGCUGAUAGGACACCUGAAAUGAAACUGAAGAAGCAUGUUUUUGUAUUUCUUUGUUUGUCUCCGAUGGGCCUUGAAAACACGCUGAAUCACCAUUCUCAAGAUCCGUUUGCCGCUCGCUUGUAAAAGAAAAAGCAGAGUUAAAAGAAAAUUGUCGAGGAGGUAUUAUAAUUUCAAUAGAGCUCUUGACACACGCACCUGGGUUGUUCGAAACUAAAGCUUGGGAAAAGAAAUUUGGCUUUGAAGGCUUCUGAGAUUACAGUGACGAUGAUGAAUAACUCCUCUGAACCAACCGUCUUUGACGAGGAGGAUUUCGAAAUGACAGACAUCGAUGACGUCACAAAGAUUGUCACUACUAGUGCAUACGCGAUCAUCUUCCUGUUUUCAUUCCUGGGAAAUUCGCUCGUCAUCCACAUUGUGCGCACGCGUGUGAGCAUCCGUCGCAACCCUUUCAACUGGCUUUUGGUAAACACUGCUGUAGCUGAUCUCUUGAAUGUGACAACAGCCUCUGCCCUCACGGUGCCAGUCAUCUUGUGUGAAAACCGAUGGAUAUCAGGCGUAAUAGGUACGAUCCUGUGCAAGUUGACAGUGUAUAUGUUGCCGGUUUCCAUCUGUGUUUCAAUCUGGAGCCUUGCCAUCAUUGCUAUUGAUCGAUAUCUGGCUAUUGUGUGCGCCAUUUGGAAGAGGAAGAGAGAGCCACUAUCGCACAGGUCAGUGAAAAAGUCCAUCGUUGCCGUGUGGAUAUUCGCAGGCUUGAUAUUUAGUGAAGAGCUUUACAAGUACACAGUAUACGAGGUGGAGGGGGAAGCCGCUGAAUGCCACGGGCAGUGGCACAAUAUGGAGCCUGAACUUUCGGAUACUCUUUAUCGAGCUGAAAUGAUUGUCAGAGUAGUCAUCACCUAUGCUGUUCCGCUCCUCGUUAUAUCAGUCCUUUACUCACUGAUAGCCAAGUUCCUCUGGACACACAAGCCACCGGGAAAUGCCACAUUGCAGGUGCAUAUCAAGCGAACAAGAAGACACCGUGCGGUUAUUAAGAUGCUGGUCACGGCUGUUGUCGUUUUCGCCAUUUGCUGGCUUCCCGUUCAUAUCGCCCACAUCAUGGAAUAUUUUUACACUGAUAUUUACGACAUGAUUCCCUUCGGUACCCUGGUAAUGAUGUACUGGCUGGCGCAUGCUAAUGCUGCAAUCCAUCCCUGGUUGUUCAUUUACUUUGGCGAGAAUUUACGAAUGGAGACGAAAGGAAUAUUCCAGCAUCUCAGCAGCAGAAAAACCAACGUUUUGGAACAGUUCAGACAACAAACAUUUUCCCUACCAACGCUGUAUACUGAUCCAGAUACGGUUCGCAGAGCCAACAGAACAAAACGCGAUUCAUUCAUCGCUAUAAACGCCGUUUGACUUUGAUUUGGUUCGUAAACUCUGCUUGAUAAAUUGAGAGCCAUGAUAUAUCACAGAUUCUCCGUUCAUCGUAUCAGUGCUAUGGUUUCUUUCUUCAAAGCUUAGUUGGCAGAGCUCAGAUUUUGUUCGUUAAGUAAUCCCAGAUUUAAAUUUUAUCUACUACAUCUGCAUAAAAACUGAAGGUAAUUGGGUCACAAUCUAUUGACCUACCAUGAUUAAAACAUUUAAAAUUUUUCUUUAGUAGUACCUGCAUUAGAAAAGGCUUGCAUGAAAUUCGUAGCUAAAAAGCUGGCUUUGGGUUGACCAUAUAUAUGUAUAUGUUCAGAAUUCAUAUUUCUUGAUUUCUGUAAGGUAAAGCGCUACCUUGCUGGUGGGGUAGUCUUUACAUCAAUUAACCACAACAUUUUUUGAUAUCAGGAUAUGCAAAUACUACAUAACUAGAAUAGAUUUUGUUACUAUGUAAAAAAAAUUGAUUAGACAUAUACUCACUUAUGUAGGAUAAAACUGCUCAGUUUUAGAUAUACACUAUAAACUGAUGUUUUAACUAUGCGUCACAAGAAA